AGGAAAAACAGAAUGGAACCUUCGGAGACAACGGAACCGUUUUGUUACGGGGCAGUGAUAAAAGAGCAAUGGAAGAAAGUGAAGGAAGAAUUAAAAGACGAGACGAAGAUCGUGGCUGCGAUGACAGCCAGCAGAGACACGGCGGUGCAUCUAGCGGUGUACAGCGGAGAAGAGGAGCCGCUCAGAUCAUUGCUGCUGCACAUUUCCGGAAUGGACGAAGUGUCGUGGAAGAACAGUUCCGGAAACACACCGCUGCACGAGGCUGCCAUCGUGGGGAACCUGGCCGCCGUCAAGCUGUUGGUUGAGUUCAACAAAGAGGAUCUGCUGGCGUUGAAUGAUCCCUGGGAAACUCCUCUGUUUUCAGCGGCAAGAUGUGGACAUCUUCACAUUGUUAAUUACUUCCUAGAAGAUUGUGAUGAUUUCUUCUCUCGAUCCUCCAGGAAUUGGACCAAUCGGAAGGGUACUCCCAUCAUUCAUGCGCCGCCAUUCAACGUGAAAAUUUUGAUGUGGUUCUGAAACUGAUUGAAUUUGAUAAUUCGCUGUUGGAAAUGGUGGAUCCAGCAGGCAAUACGGCUCUUUAUGUGUUGGCCAAUAUGCCUUUCGCUUUUCGAAGUGGAUACCCCAUGAAACACUUUAAAUCAAUU